ACUCGUAGUUCUUCUUUUUUAAAAAAAUAUCCACCACAUACUACUCCCAAGGCUUAAGUUUUUCUUCAUUAUUCGUUCGUUGCAAUAAUCAAUCUGUACAACCUGAUCACAAUAAAAAUCGCUUUCUGCUCCGCGAACAACAUUGCCGAACGCAGCUGAUAUGUCUAUGCUCAUAUCAGUAAUACAUAACCUAAAUUAUCUUCUUAUUCUGUGUUAUUUAAUAAUAGGCCAAAAUAUUACAAAUGAAUGAUUAAUUCCUUUGAUUUUAUGUUUAAAAACUUAUUCGUGAAUUUCUAAUAAUCAAGAAUGAUUGACGAAGCCGAUGCGUUAUUAGACUUAGCCUCAAUACUUGCCGAUCCGCCUUUAAUGAGAGAUGUUUGUUCAGAUUGCUACCGUCCGUCAACAGUUUGUUAUUGUAAAUGGUUACCAGUUCCUCGUAUGUACCCAAAGAGUCGAAUAAUAUUAUUACAACACCCAGCAGAAGAGAAGAGGUGCCUUAGGACAGCUACUAUGUUAGAAUUAUCUCUACACCCGUCUAAAUGCCUCGUUUUCAAAGGAAAGCGAUUUCCAGGAAAAUACAGUGUUUUAGAAGAAAUUUUAAAUACUCCAGAUACAAUUUUAUUAUAUCCUAGUCGUACAGCAGUAGAUAUCCGUGACGUAGUUGUAAAUGAAGUAAAAUCGUACAAUAUAGUACUGAUAGACGGUACUUGGCCUCAAGCUAAAGCAAUUUACACCGGUAGUCCAAUUUUACACUCCCUUAAACAAGUGAAAAUUCUUGAUAAUGAUACUAGUAAUUACAUAAUCAGAACGCAACCCGCAGAUGGUUGUUUGAGUACUAUAGAAACUGCCGCGUUAACCUUGGGACUUUUAGAAAAAGACGAUAGUUAUAAUGAUAAGUUGUGUAAACCUCUUAAAGCAAUGUGUGACUUUCAAUUACAAAACGGUGCGGUAUCUCAUCAAAGUAAAGAAUUUCGGAUAAAAAAUAACACUUAUCCAAAGUUGAUAGGAAAACGGCUGAAUAAGAUACUAAAGGAUGCUGAAUAUAUGAGAAACGACCGUGAUUAUAAAUAUAAUGAAUAAAAAUAGAGUAUAAUAACACUAAUUGUUAAUAAUAAAUAACUAUAAAUUA